AUGCUUCGCAACGGGGCUACGCGAUUUGCAAGGUCGAUCACCGCGUCCGCUGCGCGGCCAUUCGCACCAACUCCGCGAGCGGCUCCUGCGCAUCGAUGGGUAGCACAAUUUGGAUCUAUGGCAGCAAAGAGGCCACAGACAUGUCAAUUGGCACGCGUAACCACAAUCAGGUCGAGUCUUUCCCGCCGAAACCUUACAGAGCAUCAAAAGAAGGCCGAAGACCGAUACGCACAUGAGAAGCUUAUCCCUACUCCAGAAACAGUAUCCAUGACCAGCUCGAUUCAUCCCAUCCUGUCUGAACAGCAGACACCUUCUCCGGAGAAAGAUAUAGAUAUGAUGGCCGGCGUCAAAAGCGAUAUCGAAACCAUCAAGGAGACAUUCAGUCUGAAGGAAGUACCCAGGGAGGCCUACUACAUGGGCCUUGCAGGUACAAUCCCUUACCUCGGCACCUCGUUAGCGACCGUCCUUUGCGCAUACGAAAUCAACCACUCCGUUGGCGGACAGGGCACAUUCCUCUCCGAGCACACAGCCACACACCUGCUCCACCUUCUCGAGCCAAUUCAGAUUGGCUACGGAGCCAGCAUCAUCUCGUUCCUUGGAGCCAUCCACUGGGGUCUUGAGUGGGCGAAGUACGGAGGAGUACACGGCUACCCUCGUUAUGCAAUCGGUGUUUUCGCCCCCAUGGCCGGCUGGAGUGCUACAAUGAUGCCUAUCGAGUAUGCCCUAAUUACACAGUUCAUGAGCUUUGUUGGUAUUUAUUUCAUCGACACCCGCGCGGCCCUCAAGGGCUGGACUCCCCCAUGGUACCGCGAGUACCGAUUCAUCCUGACCUUCAUCGUCGGUGCCAGCAUCGUAAUCAGUCUGAUCGGACGUGGCGAGGUCUCGUCGAAGGUCGGACGGAUGCCGGGUGCUGUCGACCGCAUUCAGGCGCUCCGUGAGGGAUCGCAGGAUCAGCUUGCAGAGGAGGAAGAGGCCAGAAUCGCUGCCAAGAAGGAUGCAGCGGCCAGCGACGACAGGGAUGAGCAUUGA